UCAUCGGUGCUGUCAUGCGGUACAACAAUUUAAAUUUCGCGGUAUCAGUCACGUGUGAUUGUAGGAAGGCGCGCCGAUCAAAAGUGCAUUCGAAAAUCUUACUUUUAUAAUAUACUAACAUUGAAUUGACCAAUGAGGACAAAGAAAUCUUUGCUCCCUUUGUUCCUGAUUCGCCAAUUAAACGCUACUUUAUCCCACGAGUAGGAUUUCCGAACGCAUCCUAAAUAGUGAUGUAGCGCCACACAAAGCUCGCGCACAUAACCUACAAUCAUAAUAAUAACAAAAGCGUCGCGUAAGGAACUCUUGUUAUCAAAUAUUGCGAAGUCAUAUAUAUCUUUCUGUAUCACAGCACGUACGAUCUCGCGCGUGGUUCGCGCGCUUCUGUAAUGUCGAAAACGUGAGUCUCCAUCAGGACGGGAUUCGACAAGAUGGGCGACAUACGGGCUGGUCUCGAGGACUUGAAGCUCGACGGUGCUCUGUUUGCCAACGUCAAAUACUACGUCAGCGGUGAGGGCGAUUCCAAGAUUUUGAAUCUACUGCAAGAAGGUGGGGCUGAAAGAUCCAUUUAUUUUAGCGACUUUGUUACACAUUUGAUAGCAGGCUACGAAGCAUUAGAAAAUGAUAUUUCUCAAGCAAAGGAUAUAUAUGAAAUUCCAGCAGUCACACAAAACUGGGUUUUAUGUUCUGUUAAAUGCAACAAACUUCUGCCAGCAAAGUAUUUCUCACCAGAAGAGAAUCAAUUAUUCUCAAAUGUACGCAUUUGCCUAUCCCAAAUAAGUCGAGCGGACAGCAAGUCGCUUUGGGCAAUGAUAACAUUGCAAGGUGGCAAAUGUCAGCUACACUUGGAUAGAUAUUGCACUCAUUUGAUCACAGGCAAAGCAAGUGGUAUAAAAUAUGAAACUGCCACAAGACAUCAUAUACCUAUUGUAACACCUGAUUGGGUGACAGAAUGUUGUAAGAAAAGCACUCUCGUUAGCGAAGUGGAAUAUCAUCCCAAAUUGCUAAUGUCUCCAAAUAGCUCGACAGCUAUGAUCACUGGAUUUAUGGAUGAAGAUACUGAUAAUAGCGUCGCGCAAGAGGAGCAGGAUCGAACUAAGGCCAUGUUAGAGCAACUCAAACAACGUAUGCCGUGGAAUCAGCCAAGUCCACCCGUGUCAUUGAGUACUACGCAUAGCCUUAGUGCAACCAACACAGCAACUGUUUCUUAUUCGACGAAUGGACAGAAUACUGUGAAUAUGCAAACGCAACAGCUACCACGAUCAGUGCCCUCAUCUAGCUUGGGAACAUCCGCAAACGUUCCAUCAGUUUCCGAUCAGAAUGUUAAUAUUAAUCAAGCAAAUUGGCUUCCACAGCCUUCUCAGCAAAGCAAUGCUUCUCAACAAAAAGCUAUGCCAUCACAAAUGCAACAACAAGAAUUAUCUCAACAACAAAUGAAUAUGCAACAUCAAUUGAUGCAGCAGCAACCAUUAACAUCACAGCAGCCAUUAACGCAACAACUCACACAGCAUCAACAGCAGUUGCAACAGCCACCGUAUAACCAACCACAAAUUCUAAAUCAACAACUAUCAUCUCAGGUACAACAGCAACAGCAGCUAAUAGGACAACAACCAUCAUUGAUACCGCAACAGCAGCAGCAGCAGCAAAUAAAUUCGCAAUUACCUCAACAUCAAUUAACUGCACAGCAACUAGUAACAUCACAACAAAAGCAAUUGAAUCAACACCAGAUCAUCCAACAACAACAGAUAAAUCAGCAGCAGCAGUUGCCAACACAACAGCCACAUUUGAUGCCGCAACAACAAGUGCAAUUGGCAACACAACAGCAGCAGCAACAAAUAGUAAUGCAACAGCAGCAACAGCAAUUACCUUCUCAACCACAACAGAUCGCGACUCAGCAUCAAUUGGCCCAACAACAAGCUCCAUCACAGCAACUCGCCGCCGAGCAAAGACAACUUAUUUUAUUACAACAGCAGCAGCAACAGCAAAAAAUACAACAAAUUUCGCAGCAACUGCAACAAUCCGCCCCGCAAAGUUCGCAAUUUGUCAUAAGGGACGGCCAAUUACAACAACAGUCGCAGAAUCAACAGUUAAUUGGACCAAAUCAGCAAGGAUUUAUCGUGAAACGAGACUCGCAAUGGCAACAACAACAGUACCAGUUACAGUUGCAGAGACAACAGCAGAUUGGGCCUCUGAGAUCCGAAGCACAAUGGAACCAACUUCCCAGACAUUUAAUUCAAUUGGAUAAGCAGACGCAUCUGCAAUUGCAACAGAUGGACACUCAACAGAGAGCCCAGUUUAUUCAGAAGCUUCAGAAGCAGCGAAAUCUUUUAUUGCAGAGACAGAUGCAUAAUCGUCAGCAAGGUCCGCACAUUGCUGUUAUUAGGAACCCUGGUAAACCAGUGCAAUCGACCAAUUUACAAUGGAUUCCGCAAGUACAACCUCAAAUGAUGGGACCGCAACUCACACCAACUCCUGGACAGAAACCCGUGCAUUCCGGGGUGCAACCACCAGCGUUAACCCCGAUAAAUUCUUCCAAUCAGGUCAUCGUACCGACUGGACAGGCUGUUCAAGGACCGCAAGUGUCACAGACGGGACAGACAUUUCAACAGGGACAAUUGACACCUCAGCAAUUGGUGCAGUUACAGAUGCAGAAGCAGCAGCAAAUGGCUAGAUUGCAACAGCUGCAGCAUCUCCAACAACAACAGCAGCAGCAGCAGCAAGGCGCGCAGCAGGAGGCGCCGUUAGCGUCUCUGUCAAAUAAUGCGCAUAUUCCACCAGAUCAACAACUUGUCGUGAACGCCAAAACGAAAACCGCGCUGGCUAAUAUGCUAACCAACAGAUUGCAAGGCGGCGCUACCGAGGGUAGUGCGGCUGGUCAAUUGAGAUUAAUGACCGCGCAGCAUAGACCUCCACCUCCUCCUUCGCAGGAUCCACAGCUCUUGGCCGCAUAUCAAAGAAGAACUUUAGGAAAUAUAACGAACGGUGCGCCGUCAGGGGCACCAAUAAAGAUGCAAUAUCCUCCAGUUAUGCCGCAGCCUAAGACUCAAUUUUAUGGUCACAAUCCAAACUUGAAACUGCCGCCAGAUCUAUUUUUGUUAGGAUGUAUUUUUGUUAUUGUCGAAUAUGAUGUACAGCGUCCAAACGAAGUCUCAGUCUGGAAACAAGUUAUCGAGAGACAUGGUGGCGAGGUAGAGCCACAAUAUUGUACUCGUGCGACACAUGUACUGGCUAUCACGCAGAAACAUCCUAUCGUGGUGCAAGCGUUACGUGAAGGAAAACGUUGCGUCAGUGCGCAUUGGCUUUCUGACGUUGUCAAUAAGCAACAAUUGUUACCACCUUGGCAUGCUUUGCACUUUCCAACGCCGUUCAGCUUAACUGAGCUUCCAUGUGUUAAGCAAAUCGUAUCGUUUUCCGGAUUUGAGGGAGAGGACCGAGCGAAAGUCAAACAUAUGUUAGAGGCUUUGGGAGCCAAAUACACGAACUACUUUUCCAAACAUAAUACUCUCCUCGUUUGCAGAAGGCCAGAUGGACAGAAAUAUAAAAAGGCACGCGAGUGGCCAACUAACAUUGUAAAUGCACAGUGGUUGACAGAUUUGCUUUGUGGACAAAUGAAUGCUUUGCAUCAACUCGAGGGUUCAAAGUAUCAACAAUUUAAUCUGAGUAAUCCUUUCAAACUAGAUUAUUCACUUGUGCCUCAUCUUAUGGCUGCUUGGAAAAUGCCAAUAAACAUUACUCAAGAAUCGUAUGACAAAGUAAAACAGGUUGGUCAGGGUCCAAAUUCGAUCAGAAAAUACAAAAAACCGCGAUUGGAUGGUCCAUUGUUGAAUAAAGACCCGCAUCUUCUGGGUUUGGAUGAACCGAUUGUUGUUAGCAACCCUGAUCCUCCGCCACCUGAUAAACAACCCAGAAUAUUAUUUUCUGGUAUAAAUCCCAGGAAACAUGCCAAGAGAAUUCGAGAAUUGGGAGGUGCUUUGGCUGCUAGUUGGCGAGACGCCACUCAUCUGAUAAUGUCGGCACCAUUACGAACGGUGAAAUUAUUGUGUUGUCUAUCGCGAUGUAAAUUUAUCGUCAGUUUGCAAUGGUUGCUCGAUUGUUCCGCAAAAAACACUUUCGUAGAUGAAAGCGCAUAUAUGCUCGGCGAUGCAGAAUUUGAAAAGAACUUUAAUUGCAAUAUCGAGAAAGCUUUAGCGAGUCCUAAUCGAGGAACAGUACUUAAGGGUAAGAUAUUUUUCGUCACACCAAGUGUGAUACCAUCUCCUUCAGCGAUGGCGGAAAUAAUAGAAAGUGCAGGAGGUACAAUGGAAAAGACGCGUAGAACAGUUGCGCAGAUACAAGAAAUGAAUGCCGGGAAAUUAAAUUAUAUCAUUAUAACUCAUGAAAAUGACCUUCAUCUGCUUUCUGAUGUCUUACGUGCAAAUAUCAGUGUGUAUAGUGCAGAAAUUGUAUUGGGCGCAAUUGCACGACAAUACUUCCAAUCUGACGCAAGUCAAGUUUAAGAUAUGCAAGUUACACAUUACCGUAUUUUUAUCCCUAUUAUGGGCCUACCAAGUUCUUAGUGAGUUAUUUUCAAGACAAAAAUCUUUGCUUACCUUCAGCAAUGGGACAAUAAAGAACGUAAUUUUAUGAUAC